GAGCCACUGCCCCCGCGCGCCCCCGGCCGCCGCCUGCCCCUCGGUGCUGCUCCUCCGACUGCUGUUGCUCCGCCGCCCAAUCGGAUCACGGUGAGGGAAAGAUGAGCGAGGAGACGGCGACUUCUGACAACGAUAAUAGUUAUGCACGAGUACGAGCUGUGGUGAUGACCCGGGAUGACUCAAGUGGUGGAUGGUUACCACUUGGUGGGAGUGGACUAAGCUGCGUCACUGUCUUCAAAGUCCCUCACCAGGAAGAGAAUGGCUGUGCUGACUUUUUUAUCCGUGGAGAGCGACUCAGGGACAAAAUGGUGGUUUUGGAAUGUAUGCUUAAAAAAGACCUUAUUUACAAUAAGGUCACUCCAACAUUUCACCACUGGAAGAUUGAUGACAAGAAAUUUGGCCUUACCUUUCAAAGUCCUGCUGAUGCUAGGGCCUUUGACAGGGGUAUUCGAAGAGCUAUAGAGGAUAUUUCUCAAGGAUGCCCAACAUUUAAAAAUGAAGCUGAAGGAGCAGAAGAUGACUUACAAGCAACUGAAGAGGAUACUUCCAGUUCUCUAGUGAAAGAUCAUCGUUUCCAGCAAGAGACAGUUGUUACCAGUGAGCCUUACAGAAGCCCAAGACCUUCUCCCUUUGAAGAUCUGAAUGCCAGAAGAGUCUACUUGCAAAGCCAAGCCAGUCAGGUAACAUUCAGUCAUCCAAGCCUAGACAUCCAGGGCAGAAGUAUAGAAUAUGUACAGCGGCAAAUAUCCAAGGAAUGUGGAAGCCUAAAGUCCCAAAAUAGGGUUCCUUCAAAAACAAUCAGACAUGUCAGCUUUCAAGAUGAGGAUGAGAUUGUUAGAAUAAACCCUAGAGAUAUCUUAAUACGUCGCUAUGCAGACUACAGACAUCCUGACAUGUGGAAAAAUGACUUGGAGAGAGACGAUGGUGACUCCAGUAUUCAGUUUUCUAAACCAGACAGUAAAAAAUCAGAUUAUCUGUACUCUUGUGGGGAUGAGACUAAGUUAAGUUCACUCAAAGACUCUGUGGUAUUUAAAACACAGCCUUCCUCAUUAAAAUUUAAGAAGUCAAAACGAAGAAAAGAAGAUGGUGAACGUUCUCGCUGCAUAUACUGCCAGGAAAGGUUUAAUCAUGAAGAAAAUGGCAGGGGAAAAUGUCAGGAUGCUCCAGACCCUAUUAAAAGAUGCAUAUAUCAAGUUAGUUGCAUGCUCUGUGCAGAGAGCAUGUUGUAUCAUUGUAUGUCAGACUCAGAGGGAGAUUUUUCCGAUCCCUGUUCAUGUGACACUAGCGAUGACAAGUUCUGCUUACGAUGGUUAGCCCUGGUAGCUUUGUCUUUCAUUGUGCCAUGUAUGUGCUGCUAUGUCCCUUUGAGAAUGUGCCAUCGUUGUGGUGAGGCAUGUGGGUGCUGUGGUGGGAAACAUAAAGCUGCUGGGUGAAAGAAUCCAGUGCCAGAACGAGCUUAAAAUCUUUGUUUCCAGGAAUUAGCUAACUUGGAUUUAUGGAGGCUUUUGGCAAGCAAUAUGAAAUCUUGCCUGGUGUCAUUGGGGCCACACGUGGAGGAAGCAGAACUCAGCAGUUCUUAGGCAUUUCAAGAUGCUAAUAACCAUGCCUGACUUUUUCCCUUGAGUGCAUGGCAUGUUUUGUUACAGGUUUUAAAGAGUAUUUGCAAAAGGAAACCACUUCUGGUUAUUGGCUAUAAAAAGUGAGCAUAAAAUAUGAUCCAACUAAAAGGGAUUAAUUUUUGGCAUUUUUGUAUAUUUAUGCAUUAAGUGAUGGGAUUUUUAAAGGUUUGAAUUCAUAAAGACGUGAACUAAAAGUGCACUAAGGGACAUUUUAUUUCAAUCUAAGAAAAGUUAACACGGGAAUUUUAAGAAGUAAAAGAAGUACAACUAAAUCCUUUAUUAGUUGUUUUCUGAAAGCAGUUUUAUGUAUAAAUAACAAAUGUUUAUAUUUAACUAAAUAUAAGGUACGAAUUAUUACAUAUUAAACUUUUUCUUCCCUUUCCUGGUUCUGAAGUAGAUAUACAUGUUAUCUACUGUCACAUUCCAUUAUAUUUUGAAUAUUUUACUCAUCUAGUUAACAAUGUUUUUUAUUCCAUGUGAAUGAUCUGAUAUUUUCAUCCUCAUUUGCCUUUGGCUACAAUUUACAUUGAAUUAUAUCUGUACAUUCUGGUAAUCGAAAAUCCUUAAAAAUAUCCUAAUAGCCUUGAGUGACCAACUUUUUUUUAAAGCACAGAUGUAAUUGUCUAAUAUUUGAUGGGAAUGUAACACUUAUUUUUAUAUAAAAAGACUGAGUAAACAUAGAAAAAAGUGAGUUUUUGGGUUGUUGGGUUUGGUUUUUUUGUGUGUGUGUGGUAUUCAACCAGCAAGUUGUUUUCUUUCAGAGUUUCCUCCUUCAAAAAAUUAUAUUGCAUUUACAAAUGUUUUACAAGGCAAAAAGUCUAACUGGAUAGUUGAUGUAAAAGUUUUUUUCUUAAAUCUCCCAUUUACCAUUCUGCUAAACCAGAAUAUGUUCAGCUGUGUUACUAACUUUUUAGCUUAAUUCUCAGUUCUUAUCACACAAACCAAUGAUAAUUUUUCUCAGUUGCAUUUUAUCCAAACGGGCCAAAAGCAAAUUAUUUUGUUAAAGUGUGUGGUAAAUGAUCCCGGGAAGGUAUUUAAUCCAACAUUGUGAAUGAAAUAUCUUGUACAUAUAAAUUUAUUUCAUUCGCUGAGCAUCAUAUUACUAGCUGUUUUAUUGACAAAGUAGUUGGAUAAAUAAAUAUUCCAACAAAUUGUUUAAAGUACUGUGGGAUGUUUUUUUUUUAAGUGUUACAUUAAAAUGCUAACAAAAUGGCAGUUCUUUAAGAACAUUAUCUUAGAGGGAUUAAGUUGAAAAGUGUGCCUUUUUUUAAUGGCUUGUAGAUUCAGAAAUGAUGAAAAUUAAAAUCACACUACCAUUUGAAGCUCAUUUUCUAUGGAGGUUUUAAAAUGUCAUUUAUGUAUCAUUCUUUUUAUGUAUCCCACUUAAGGUUGUGUUAACUUUUCUUCUUCUGCCCUAGAUCAAACUGAACAGUGUAUAUAUAACACUAUCUGUCUGUAAAAUACUUUUUUUUAAGAAAGCAUUUAUAUUUAUAUGACAGCUUGAACUGACAACAUUGUGUAUAUAGGUCAUCUUGAAGUAUUAUUUCACAUUGAAAAGAAGAAAAAUAUAUUGAUAACUAUAGAUGUUAUGAAGAAGAGGUUAUUUCUAGUUUUGUACUAAAAAAUCAAUUGGAUGAACUAAGUCCAAAACAUGACUGUAGCAGAAGUUUUAAGUCUUCUUUUUACUGUUUAUAUAUUUGAACACUGCUACACCAGAUGAUCUUCAUCCCUGAAGUUUUCAGCUAAACUUGGUUUCCUAGGAUAGACUGUUAACUUUCAAAAUUACUUUUUAUUGGUGAGAUAGAAAUACUGAUUUUCCUUGUGAUUUUCAUAUUUGUAAGUGCUGAGUUUAUAAUUCAGGUUUGAGCAAGGGGUGAAUAACUGAAGAAAAUAACUUGCUGGCUAUAUAGGAAAAUGCUGUGGAAAUGAACUGUGUAUAUAUUCUGGGAGGAACAAAUUUAAUCAUUUCUUCUGUUAAGCACUAAUCAGUAUAGUGCAACUCCUGGUUCUGUACUGUAUUUUAUAUGCAAUAUAUAUGCUUUAAUAUUUUAAUGUUUGUGCAUUAAUAUUUUCAAUUUGUUUAACCACUUUGCUGCUAAGAUUUUGCCAUCCCCAUUUUUUUCCUUUACAAUUUUAAAUAAGUUUCUUCAUUAAAAACUGGUGAUGAAAUGGUUUUUAUUUCACCCUGGAUCUUCAUAGUUGAUAACACCCAGUUUCCAAAUCAGUCUAGAGGACUAACUGGUAAUAUAAUGUCAUCUAAAUCCCUGUGUGAAAUUUUUCUCUUGAGUAAAUUAGAAUUCUUAUGUAAAAACAAAUGGAUAGUUUAAAUUUUUCAUUUUUAAAUAUGCAUAGAGGUAUAUUCAUGAACAUUUUCUCUUUCUGCACAGAGAUGUGGCAUUUGCCAGUCGACUUUUCCUCUAAAAUCUUUGUUUUUAAUCUGGUAGUAUAAGCAAAUGGGUAACUGAACUGCUUACAUAAUAGUAAAUAUUGUAAAUGAAAUCACCUAGAUGGCAUGACAAGAAAGACUUUGGUCUGAUGGCUUGUGCUCAGAAUUGGUAAUUCCUAAGUGAUUUUUCUCCUGCCUUAACGGGAAUCAUUUGAUUACUGAAUAUGACAUGUGGAACUUCAGCACCACCUACUGGAUAAUUUAUAGACCAGAGACUUGAGGUGGUAAUAGGGAUCUAACAGGGUUCAUCACUACUACCAGUAAAGGGCUAUUUAAAUGGUAGCCACCUCCAAGUAGGGAAACCAGGAGUAAGAAAUGUCUCAAAGGAACUGUAAAAUGAAUCUUUUUCCUAAUGUGUCUUACUGGUCACUGAAAGAUUUUAAGCACUUUUUUCUUACAUAUCCUGUUUUAAAAUAUUUAUUGAUAUUUAGAACUGGCAAUCAAACUUAACAGAUGUGCUGAAGCAUUUAUAGAACCAAUUAUUUUUCACUCACAAAAGCCAUUACCAAAUGGUAUUCUCAUUUUUCCUCCCAUCACCAGUCAGGGAGAAUUUUUAAGAAAAUAAACAUCACCUGUAUUUCAUCAUGACAACUUAAGAGAGUGUGUGUAUGUCUCUGGGAUAAUGUUGGGGCAGGGGUUAAAAUUUAAAGGGGAAGACUUGAAACUACCUAUUUUCAUUGGUUAUUCAACAGUGCCUAAAAUGAACUUUUGAAGUAAUGCACUUUUCAACUCAUGUGUUUAGUGCCAUCUGGUAUCUUGGGUAAGUCUUUUCUUUUUUCUUCCCCCCUCCCCCAAUUAAUGUCACAGAGAUGAUUUUUAAUAUAGUCUCCAAAGGACAGGAAGCAUGUGCUUUCCUCCAAAUGGGCAAUUUAAAGAGUCUUGAGCAUGUUUCUUCUGUUAAAGUUUUCUUUAGGUUUUGUGGGUAUACCUUGGAAUAAGUGUUUAACUUUUGCCCAAAAUAUAUUAAGUAACAUUUUUCUACAUAAAACGUUGAAAACUACUUACCUGGAAGACAGCUUUUUACCUAAAUAUUGUCAUUCUUCAUUUGGCCUCCACAAUCACAUUUCUAAGUAUAAGGGAAAGCACUAGAAACUUGCAUUGUUGCACUUAAGAAAACUUGUCUAUAAGUUAAUAAUAGCACCAUAAGAUGUUUUGCAGUGAGUCAAAAUCUAAGAAAAGAAAUCACAACCUGAGGUGAUUUAUAUAAACCAAAAAAAGGGCUUUAAGGUAUUAAGGUACUGUUUGCCUAGCAGCCAGGUGGUUAUAAAAUUUUCGUAAGCUUUGAUAAACUGAUGUUAGCCAUUGUUCCUGAAGGCUCCUUGAAUUGCAUAAGUUGCUAAUUUUGAAAUUUUUCAAAAAUCUAGUUGAAAAGCCUUUGUAUUAAAGAUACAUAGAUUUUUGUGAACAUUGCCAGUAUGUAGUGUCAUUUGCUUUCUAUUCUUGACCUCAAAAGUGCCUCACUUGUAUAUUACUUCCAUUAAGAGCUUGACUGCAUUCUUUCUAAUAAGCAAUGAAAAGUUGUUUAGCUCAUGUCAUAAUGUAUCUCCUUAGAUAGUUAACUAGCCUGAUAGUUUUGGAUAUAUAAUGUAAAUAUGCAUAUAUAAGUUUGUAACUGUUUUUGUUACAUCAUACCCAUGUAAUUGGACAUAUCAGACGAUAUCAUAAGAGUUUGUUUUAAAACCUAAUUAAAUCUAUCAUGAAAUACAAAA